AUGGAUGACCAUGAUACAGAGGUCGAGGUGCUUGGGAGUCCGGCAGGAGAGGCCGGAUCUCUGACAGGAGACCUGGCCCAAGCUGACCUCGUGGAGGAUGAAGUUGCAGGCUCCGAAGCAUCCGUUGAGGGCGGGGCGGUCAAGGACUUCCUGCAGCGCACAGCUGCAUGGGCAGCAAAGUCACAGAACUUUCACUCCGAUCUAUCGGACUCGGACAGCUCGAUCGACAGCCCCGGAGGCCACUUGGCGCGGCUUGCUUUGGCAAUGCGCCGUGGAGCGAAGGAGCGGAAGGUCCUGGAGGAGAUCAGACGAGAAUCCUUGGUGGAGAAGCUGAUGGAAACAAUCAUGCAGUUUUGGAAAAGGAAAGCCCACCCAGAUUGGGUCAUGCCUGCGCGAGACAUCCUUUGGAAACACGUUGCCGCUAUCAGCCGUUCUCGGCAGGUUGCUACACGGCUGCGAAACACGGCAGAGGCCUUGGCCAUUCUGCGUGCCGGCGACGAUGCCGAUGGCCGACACACUUCAAACAAGGUCGAGGACAUUCAACGAAAGAACUUCUGGGCGGACUACAAGUCACGGACACUUCUGCAAAUGCAAGACGCGGACGCAGUUGGUGCUCGAAUUGGAUUUGCAGGCCGUUCUGGCUCGGCUCAGAAACGGAAUACGGUGAUCAGAUUGCCAAAGCUGUCUCAGGGCGAGCGGGCACCCUUGACGAGCCGAGUCAGCCGUGCGCCAAAUCGUCUUAUCGUUCUUCGAGACGACAUACAGAUGACACCGCGGGGCAAAUACAUGCAGUUAUGCAGCAUCCGGGGCAUUCGACCUGUUCUACAUCCGCUGAUCACAGGUGAGUCCUCUAGUUUGACGAUGGCAGACCAGAACCUGACGGAUGGUGAUCUGAUACCUUUGAUUCCCUUGCUCGAGGAGCUCCAGCUCGAUGCAGCAGAUCUAGCAGGGAACCGGAUGCUCACAGAUAGAUCACUCGUGCCGCUGAUCCGGUCCUUGGCGCACUCCUCCUUUCUGCAGCGCCUCUGCUUCCGCUCCGUUCUGGGCCCCUGCAGCGCGGCACUGCUCUCGGAGAUGCUGCUGAGCCGCAGCGCCUUCAACAAGCUGGUGCAGCUGGAUGUCAGCGAGGUGCCUCUCCACCGGAAGAGCUUCCAGGGCUUGGCAGAGGCCAUCGCGCACCACCCGACAAUGCUGGAUGUAAACUUGGCCAACACAGGUUUCUCACCAUACGCAACUGAUGGCAAGAUGUGCAUGAGCUGGCUGAUGUCCUGCCCUCGCCUCCAGAAGCUGGACUUGUCCUGGAACUGCCUGGACACUCCGGCGCUACAGCAGCUGGGGCAGAGCCUGUCGAAGCAUCGCGGGGGCCCGGAAAAGCUGAGCCUGGCGGGUUGCUCCGGGAGGUCUGCAACAUCAUCAGAUCUGCCCAUCGAGCAUUUCCUGGAGCUGCUGUCCCAGAAUGGCACUUUGAAGCAUUUGGACCUGUCGCUCAAUCACAUGGACUACCGGGCCGCAUUGAUCCUAGAGGAUGCGCUUGAGAGUGCUCCUCUUCGAAGCCUGGAUCUUAGCGAGAACCCCCUUGGCCAGGUGGGCCUGCGGAGUAUCUUGAGAUUGCUGUGCAGCAGCAAGUCCAAGCUACGCUUCAUCGAUCUUGCCGGUUGCACAGCCGGGGCGGUGCAGCCUGGGCCGGACGGCAACCAGCUGUUCAACUAUAUCAAUCCAAGUGGCCUGUAUGACUUGGACUUAUCCCGUCCAUAUCAUCGGAGCUUGCUGCGGAUGCUGUACAAGAAGUGUGAGCUGUCUGGGCAAAGUCCGGCUUCAGCGUUCCAGAUUCAGAGCAGCAGCAUGCCGUAUAGCCACCCCGACAAGAGGGAUGGAAGACACAACGUCCCGUCCUCUGGCCAGCUGUCUGCGGCAUUCUCGCUUGCAUGGCGUGAUGAUGAAGAUGACAUGUGGGGAUAUGCGAGAGCGGUGUAUCUGAACUGGACGUGCCGUCGUUUCUCCCCUUCUGCUCACAAGACCGCUCAGCUCUUGUAUCACUGGGAACUGGCCGCAGAGGAUUCUCAGGAGCAGCUGAUGAUCCUGGAGGUGAUGGCGAAGGACUUCAUGAUUUCCUCUGCCUUACUCCAGGAGAUGUGUGCGGGGAAUCCUGAUAUGCUGAAAAGCAUCCUUACUCGCCUGAUGCACUGUGUGAGUGGUGGCAUCUCCGAGAAAUUCCUCAUCAUGAUGCGGGCGCCAUCAAUGAAGCUUUAUCUCCGUGUACUGGACGGAGUUAAGAAAUUGCUACUCUUCACGCCUGAGAACCCCACCGGACACUACUAUCUCGACAUGUCCAACAACGCAGAUUAUGCUCUGGCUGAACAGAUUUUGGUUCUGAACCAAUGGGAAACGAGGAUUGAGGAGCGUUUGUCGUACAUUGACACCUCGCAGUAUGGCAACCGCUGCCAUCUCCGGAACAUGACUUAUGCGGGGCGGCGCCUGCCGGUGCAGGACGUGAAGCAAUGGAUCCUUCCUAUGUCUGACGCCUUUGCCUUCGACUAUGUAAGCUGCAAGCGGCCCAGCAGCACAGAGCCAACCAUGGAGAGCCAAGACUUCGACAAGCUGCUCAAGUUGUUGACCAGGAGGAACGGCACCAUCUCGGAAAUUCGACUGAAAGCCUUGCGAAGCGUGUCCACGUAUAUCUUCAUAAGCGCAACGCAGAUGCGGCAAAUAUUGAAUCUGUUCGAGGAAGAGUAUCGGGCGCGCUGCAGUGUACUCUUCUUCUUUCGGGUGGUCGAUAUGCAGAAUGAGAAGAUAUUCCGAUGCGCGUUCGAAAGCCCAGAGCAGCUGCUGAACGUUCAGAAGAGUCUGGGCUUCCUGGCCUCCUUCCCAUACAUACAACCAGACCAUUGGACUGUCGAUCUCGAUCUCACUCAACACGACCAGCGCAGGGCUCUUCAUUGUCUCUGGACUCUCGCGGAGCACGAGAAGUUGGAGCACUUGACAAAAGUGGUCUACACGACGGGCACAGGCAACAUCCUUCAGGGCAACCAGUUCCUGGCGCCACGAUCGUGGAUGAACUUUGAGAGUGUGCCAACGAGUGGACGUAUCAAGGUGAGCUAUGUUGGUGGCAAGGAUACCCGGAACUGGGCCUUCCGCAAGAAGCUGUACGAGCAGUGUGGCCAUUGGAAGUUGGACUGCAGCAGUUCUCAGGUUCAGUGGUGGUCCUCGCUGACAGAGGCGCCGGAAGAGGUCAGCAAGUUCCUGCAGUUGCUGGUUGGUAAAUUCAGCGACUUUGACGAAGCCUUCACAUUCAUGGAUGGUGGUGUCCGUGGCAAUGGUGUCAUCAACUUGAAAGAGCUGCACGAGCGCAUGCAGCGGAUGGGCGUUAAAUCCUUCCGAGGGCCUUGGCUUCAGAAAGUUUUUCGCUUUCUGGACCCAAAUGGAAGUGGCAGCAUCUCAAGAGAGGAGUGGACCGAGCUUGCAGAUAUGUACAAAGAGGUUACCAUGCGACUCAACGAAUUCGCGCUCUUCCUGGAACGACAGUUCCCAUCAUCGCGUGGAGCACUGCGAAGGGUAUGGGAGCUUCUGGAUCCCGAAGGCGUGGGCAGUAUGUCGCGCAGCAAGUUCGAGAGCGCCGUGCGAGAUCAGCUCGGAUUCUUGGGAUCGACUCGUGUAAUCGUGGAGUUCUUGGAUGUUGACGACACGGGCAGCAUUGACUGGAAGGAAAUGCUUCAGCUGGAGCGCUUCAUGAAAGACGUGCGCCCACAAAGUGCCUCCGCUCUGCAAGCAUCGAGCCCAAGCAGCACUUUCGACAGGGAUGGAUCUGCCGCUACUCGAAAGCUGAUCUCGAGAAGGAAAUCUGCACUUCGCUAA